CUAAGGAUGCAGCACAAACCUCUUACCCAAUUACUUCCUUUAACCAUUGUCCGCAAGGAGAAAGAGAGAGCAAGCAGCUACUCAACUGCACCAGGCAGGUUUGUGCUAGAAAAUCAAGCUCUCUCUGUCUUUCCUCUCGCAAGUCUCCUCCUUCUCCUUUCCCUUCUCCAAACCAUACACAAGCUACAAGUGUUUAUCCUCCAGAGUUUGAGAUCUCUGGCUGCCUGAAAACCAACCUCAAGCAUGGCCUAUUUCCUGAAGCAUCUCACUGAGGAGACAAUGGCACUCAAGAAACUGCUGAUUCCACCAGAGUUCAUUAGUAACUGCGGGAGGGCAAAUUUGACCAACCCGCUAGUUCUGGAACCAACUGUUGGAGAUCCACCACAGGUGGAGGUGGAGCUCUACGAGGAUGCCAGGGGUUUUUGGCUGAGAAAUGGCUGGCAGGAGUUUGCAGAUCGCUAUUCUCUCACUCAUGGACACUAUCUGUUGUUCGAGUACAAAAGCUUCUCCAGGUUCAAGCUUGUGAUGUUUGGAGCAAAUGGGGUGGACGUGAUGUGUCCAGCUUCCAGCUUCCACAAUGUGGGCUCGAAUCGAAACCAGGAGUUUAGAGAGGCUGAGCAGGACGGAGAGGCCAGGGGCUCACCUGUGGCUGGAAGUGGUGGGGGGCAGCCAGCCCGGCCGCGGUUUGCAGAGAAUGCCAAGCAAAAAGCUUUCAUGGCUACUAGGAAAGGGAGAACGGCUGAUGGUGGACAGAGUGGUAAGAGGAACCAGUUUGGUAAGGAUAAGGCUGAGACCUCAUACAUUCCAGCCAAGGCUGAACAUGUUGAAGGAAUGCCAGAGCCAGGGAGGGGAAAUACCUCCACAAGCUCGAUCAGUCCAAGCUUCUUCAUUACCAUAAACCAGACUAACAUGAAUAAAUACUAUGCGUAUCUGCCGACUGAUUUCGUGUUCAAACACAUGAAGCUUGAGAAUAGCACUGUGAUGGUUUAUAGUGAUGAUGGGACGGGCGCAUGGCUCUUGUCCUUUGUCUUCAACCAACGAAGUAAAAGCGAACGUGGACGAGGCACAUUCUGUGGCGGUUGGUCAGCGUUCUGCGAGGACAACUCUCUGAAAUCAGGGGAUAUCUGCCGAUUCAAGCUCAUCUCCCGUGAUGAGAUGGAAGUGACGAUUGAGAGGAAUUGAGUCAGCUUUUCGAACCGUUGGUGUUGAGGGAUAUCUGUUCCCAGUUCCAUGUUUUCUACAUUUAUAAGUACAAUAUGCCAACAGAGCCUUUGCGAUACCCGUCACUAAGUUCUCAUAUUAAGGUCGUGGACGAAGACACCAAAGAUUGGCCAGCUCCCCCUACGGUGUAUAUCUAUUGCGGGAUCAAUGAAUUGGCCGACAUAAACAAUUGGUGGUUUGUGAAAACAUACCAUCCGGAUGGAGGCCUGACGAUGCUGGCAUAUUACGACGGGGAUCGGAGCUGUUUUAGCCACAGGGAUCGCCCUGCUCGAAGAUGCAAGGGCGUUGGCGUCCCAAUUCAGCUUCGUUUUGUUUUGUCUCUUGUUGACUUAAUAGGGCCACCCAUCUUGUGGCACAAAAAGCUCUUUCAUCGGGAGCUCGGCGAUUAGUCGACUCCCGCGCUCUUCUUUCUUCUAUUUAUGAAUCUAUGUUACCGCUAACUUUGACAAAAAAAAAUAUAUGGAAUUAUGAAUUAUCAGCAGUUCAGUACUACAUAUUACACGGGUGAAAAAAAAACUAAGACCAGCAAUAGAUUGAAUAUGUUAGGGUUCGUGGUUUGUGGUGUGAUUUUGUACCAAACAACGUUUCUUAAAUUUUAACCAUAGGAUUAAAACUACAUCUAACGGUUGAAAACUUAGUAAAUAUGGUGUUAACCCCUCAUCCCAAAGCAAUAGGCUCAGUGAAGGAGGUGCUAACUAAUUUCUAUUCUAGGCACUUGAUGAGCACAUUACCGCGAUGAGGAUUUUAAAAGAUUGAGAUCACUGAAGGAUUUAAUAAAAAGAAGAACUUGAUAAAAAGUUGACUAAUUCCCAAAAUAAAACAACUAAAGUCAACUGUAAUUAUGAGCAAAUAUUUUAAUUAAAAAAAGACUUUAACAGGAAAUACUACAUGACAAAUAAUAAUGAAGGUUAGGAUAGAUGCCAUAGUCACUGGCUUUAUUUACUUAAUUGAUUAUACCAAAGUCUUUCUUAAAUGUGUAAUUAUCAGGAUUAUUGGCUUAGUAAACGCGAAAAAUAAAUAAAUAUGACUACAAUUUACUAUUUAUUAUUCAAAGUCUCUAUUGCUUUUAUAAGGCUCAGAGCGUGUUUUCAAAUAAAUUUUAUAAUACAAUUAAUUUCAUUAUUUCGAUCAUUUGCCUUGUCUGAAAACAAAUUUUAAUUUUACGAAUGUCAACUUAAUACAAUAGUUAAAUCCUCUACCCAAAACCCCAAAAACAUAGUUAGUGAAGCCACCCUACAAAAUCGAAGGACGCUAUCUCUUACGAAUGUCAACUUAAUGUAGCGGUAUUAUCAUUGAUUUUCAAAAUAAAAAUCUCAUAUAUUC